AUGUGUAGUAAGACGAGCAGUGAAAGAUAUGGUGGAGAUGAUAAUUACACUGGUUUGUCUCCCAAGAAACAGAAACACAACAAUGGAAGAAGAAGAGUCCCACGAAGAGGUCCUGGCGUCGCAGAACUCGAGAAGAUCCGUCUCGAGGAACAACAACACAACUCUUCCGCCGCACCACUUGCAUCUCCCCCGCUUCCUCCGACGCCGGAAAAAUCUUCUACCACCAUUGACAGAACCGGUCCGGUUUACCCGUUCUCCUCUUAUUUCUCAACCGGAUCUUUCCCUAAUGAUUUGAUCCCUCCGGCUCCGGUUUUUCAGAGGCAUCACGAUUCCUUUCUUCACUAUCCCCCACCGAUGAACCUACCGAUUCCAGGAUCUGGAGGAUUUUAUCAGUUUAUAGAGCCCCCUUCAAACCAAAAACCUUGCCUUGACAAUGUCCCUAAGUUUCUAGACGAAGAAAAGAUCGUGGCUGCGAAAAGACCAUGGCAUUUCAUCGCAGAGACCACGAAAUGUAGUGUUGGACCGACCAAAACCAGUAAUAUCUCAAGAGAUGGUAAACAAAUCAAGUCGUUAGACCAAAGAUUGAAAAAUCAUUUUCAAGAUUCAGGAACCACAAUCAGAAAUCCAAUCACAAUUGAUUCUCUUUCUCCCGCAACUCCUCCUACACCGAUGAUUAUCCCAAAUUCUUCACUCGAUUUCCCACGCUUCAUACAGAAAGAAGAGUUUGAUCAUGAGUUCGUGCCACGAAGGAACGUUGUUAAUCUUCUUGCCUCAAACAAAAAACCGUUCUACAGCUUCUUGCCCUCGAAUGAGCAGAGUACUCGCGACCAAGAUCUAUCCUUUAGCUUGAAAACCGAUAGAUAUGACACAGUCACUGAUCACGGCAUUGAUCUUCGCCUUAAGUUAUAA